AUUUAUAGCUUGAGCUAUUGUGAAACUCAUUUCACGACUGUCGUGCUGCUAAAACCCUUGGCCAAAAGCGAAAGCUCAACGAUUGUUCCGAGCUCUGUUCGCCGUCGAACGAUCUGUUUCACCGGACUUCUCCCAUCCAUUUCUUCCAGAAAGUAAGGAUGAGUGGUUUUAGAGCAUUCAAAGCGCAAGUUCCCAUUGAAUGGAGCCAGAGCUUGUACAUAACCUUAGUGAGAGGUCUCCCUGGAACGAGGAAGCUUCACAGGCGUACACUCGAGGCCAUGGGACUCCGGAGAUGCCACCGCACUGUUUUGCACUCCAACACUUCUUCCAUUAGAGGAAUGAUUCAACAGGUUAAAAGGAUGGUUGUUGUUGAAACGGAGGAGAUGUACACAGCUCGCAAGGAAGCGGAAGCUAACCAUAAAGCUCUGCGUCCGCCACUUGUUGUCAGUCAUUCAAGCCCUGCAACAGGCUCCUCCAACAUGUCUUGAGGUUUUUUCAAGAAGAUGGGUAAAGGCUAUUCAAAUUGUCACUUUGCUUAAGAUCCACUUGUAAUCUCUCCUUACUUUAAGAUUCCGACAAGGUGUGAGGGAAGUCAUAAGUAGUAGUCUAGACACAAUAACUAACAAGUGUUGGUAUUAGUGAAUUGGUGCCUCUUAAUGUUUCUGGUGUACACUGGAUCCUUUAUGUAUGUUUGCUCUCAUUUUAUCAAAUCUCAAACCCAUAAGUUUGGUUACUUUC